CGGCCGGGCGGGGCUUCCCGGCCAGGUGGGUGCCGGAGGAGAGCGGAGCCGAGCCGGGCUGAGUCGAACAGAACCGAGCCAGGCGGGCUGCCUGUGCUACCGGCAUGGUGAAGCGGGAGCUUGCUGGGGCGUCGGUGCUGGCGGCGGGGGAGCCGGCCGCUGCUGCCACCCCCGCGGUGAGGCUGUCCCGGCGUCGCUGGGUCGUGUUGCUGCUGUUCAGCAGCUACUCCCUGUGCAACGCUUUCCAGUGGAUCCAGUACGGCAGCAUCAACAACAUCUUUGCACGCUUCUAUGGAGUGAGUGCCUUCGCCAUCGACUGGCUGUCCAUGAGCUACAUGCUCACCUACAUUCCCCUGCUCUUCCCUGUCGCCUGGCUGCUGGACAAGAGGGGCCUGCGCCUCAUCGCCCUGGCAGGCUCGGCCCUCAAUGCCCUGGGUGCCUGGGUGAAGCUGGGCAGCCUGAAGCCGCACCUCUUCCCCAUCACCAUCCUGGGGCAGGUCAUCUGCUCCCUGUCCCAGGUCUUCAUCUUGGGCAUGCCCUCGCGCAUCGCCGCCGUCUGGUUUGGCUCCCGCGAGGUCUCCACUGCCUGCUCCAUCGCUGUCUUUGGCAACCAGCUCGGCAUCGCUGUGGGCUUUCUGGUUCCUCCAGUUCUGGUUCCCAAUGUGGAUGAUGCAGAGAAGCUGGCCUACCACAUCAGCAUCAUGUUCUUCAUGACUGCAGGUGUAGCAACAGCCCUGUUCAUCCUGGUCGUCAUAAUCUUCAAGGAGAAGCCUCUACACCCUCCAAACCGAGCUCAGGCCUUGAUCCAGUCAAGACCGACGGAGGAGUACUCCUACAUGCAAUCAAUCCUCCGUCUGUUCCGCAAUACCAACUUCAUGCUACUUAUGGUCACUUAUGGUCUGAAUGCAGGUUGCUUCUAUGCGCUGUCCACUCUGCUGAACCGCAUGGUCAUCCAUCACUACCCAAGGGAGGAGGUGAAUGCUGGCAGGAUUGGACUCACCAUUGUACUGUCGGGUAUGGCUGGGGCUCUGAUCUCCGGCAUCUGGUUGGACAGAACCAAAACCUACAAACAGACAACACUUGUCGUCUAUAUCAUGUCUCUGGUGGGAAUGAUAGCCUACACCUUCACUCUGAGCUUAGGCCAUCUCUGGGUGGUCUUUGUGACUGCAGGCGUGCUGGGGUUUUUCAUGACGGGAUACCUUCCCCUGGGCUUUGAGUUUGCUGCAGAGUUGACAUACCCAGAAUCAGAAGGAACGUCAUCAGGCCUCCUAAAUGUCUCAGCACAGAUUUUUGGUAUUGCCUUCACCAUUGGCCAAGGGCAAAUCAUGGAUCACUUUGGGACGAAGGCAGGAAACCUAUUUCUCUGUGCCUUCCUGUUACUGGGAACCAUUAUGACAGCAUUCAUUAAGGCUGAUCUCCGCAGACAGCAGGCCAAUUUGGAUAACGAACAGACAAGACUCCAAGGCAGCAAUCAGAUCAUGGAUUAUGGGACUGUAGCUUGUAACCCUAACUCCAUCAAUUCCCAUUCCUGCUCGCUAGCUCAUACACAAAGGUACCCAUCUGAGAGGAAAGACAAGACGGCUUUCACCAGCAGAGUGGAGAUCCCACCAGACUCAUGUCAGAUAGAGGCAUAGAGAUUCAGCUAAGUGUAGCAAGGCAAAGCCUGGUGCUGGAGCUGAUGGAGACCUGAAUUGUCAGUAAGUUAGUGGGGAGAGGAGGUACAGGGAUUUGGAGAAUCUUUUUUGACAUUACUUCGACAGUCCAGAUUCUUGGCUGGAAGUGAUACCAGGAGCUCUGUAGAAGAGUUGGCUUGAUCACAGCCAGGGUGCAUGGCCAACUUCAAGGAAGAAGUUUAAAAACAUCUAGCAAUAACAGAGUCAUUGGGUUGGUGCCUUUUGGUAUAAGAAUGAAAAUUGUAAAGCUCUGUGCUUGCUGAUGUGUGAAUCUCAGUAACACUUGGCAUUUUCUCAGCUGUUGCUCAGGGUAUAAUGCUUUAUUACUCACUGUCCUCUGCUUUGCACUGACUGGCUGAUCUACCAAAUUAACCACGCUACCCUUUGCUUUUCAAGGUGUUCACUGAGUGUGUGUAUCACUUACUGCCACAGUCAACAGGACUAACAGGCAAAAGCAGAGUGAGUCUGUUGGGAAGAAUAGCCUUAAUCCUGCUAAGAUUACAGUGUGUGCCACAGGGAGUGGGUAGCUGCCACACUUUAAUGUAAGCAUGAGGAAGAGUCCCAUGGACAGGGAAAGAUUUGAGUCCAGGAUGAAUGCUUCUGAAGCUGUGCCUGUGCUGCAGUCUGAGGCAGUUUUAUCAGGGUAGAUCUUUGGUAUUGAUUUGUCUGAGACACUGACUAGGAAUCAGCCUCUCAGCAGCCACCUGUCAGAGCUUUUGGCUGCUGUGUCCAUGCUGUAUGAAGUUUCCCUUUCUGCAGGACCUACUUGUGUUCACAAGCAGUUUGUCUUCUAUCAGUGCCCUUAUCUGCUUGCGGUUAUAAUUAAACAGAUAUUGCAAUUAGUAGAACUUGUAGUGGAAACUAAAUUAGCCAAAUGAUAUUGUGGGCAUCUUGUCCUCU